AUGACGAGUCCAUGCCCUUCUGAAGUGAUCCAGGGCCGCAUCAGGGACUAUCUGGCCGCGCAUCCAGCGGAGGCAGCGUCAUUCCUCAACUCUUUGCUAAGUCAGCUGAACUGGGCGUCGGAGUUCGUCACUAUGAUGCAAGAGAUGGACAGGGUAAGCGUAGACGCACACCUAGAGUCGCGUCAAAUCAAACUCUGCGCCACGUGCUUCGACUUGUAUCACGGGUUAGCCAGGGCUUUGGAGAUGACCCUGUGCCUGGCUCCUCAGCUGCUCACAAAGCCGACAGCCUGCGAUGAUCAGAACGAGCUGUUACUAGGGAGAACUUGUCAGAUCCUGAUGGCGGUGAUAUCGCGCGUGUGCGUGCGCGCGGGCGGCGGCGCGAGCUUCGCGCGGCUGAUGGCGCGCGGGCUGCCCGACACUGACCGCGUGCACUACUACGUUGCGCUGGCGCCGGUCGCUGGCUGUCUCAUCAGGAUGCUGGACCCGAAGCUGUCGCCGGAACAUUUGGAGAGAGUGACGAAAGCGCUAGUGACAGAGCCGCUUUUCCGAUUGGACGGUUUGGAAUUCAUGCUCGGCAAAUCGAAGGACAAACACUUCUCGUUUUAUAAAUAUUCGGAAGACGUGACCAUCGAGGAGCUGAAAGCCCUGGAGGUGGUGGUGGACAGGCUGCAAGUAGCUCGCGACGCCGCGGUCCGGGCGCGGUCGCCGGGCUCCAGCGGCGCGCAGUCCGACCUGCUCUGCACCAUCUGUUACGCGCGACCGGCCGACUCCGCCUUCGUGCCUUGUGGACACCAUUCUUGCAGAGCCUGUAUAAUGCAACACUUGUUGAACAGUAAACAGUGUUUCUUCUGCAAGGCGGACAUCGAUUCCGUACGGCAAGUGGAGCCCGCCAAUAAUUAACUGUCAUGGCGGAUUUUAAAUCAAAUCCUUAAAAAUCGUAGCAAUCCUGCUAGAUUUUUGCAUUUUAUACAUACGGAGGAAAUCUGGUUGAAACCGGAUAUUUGUCAAGAUUUUUAUUUUUUUAAUUUGUAUAUCCAAAGUAAGUUUUGGAAUGCCUUGUAAAUCAUCGCAAUCUUGUGACAGUUUUGUAAUUUUUUAAAAUAAAAUGU